AAGGAAAAGUUCGUUACAUUUCAAGGCAACAUUUCGGUUUUCUCUUAUCAGUACAGCGGCGACUGCAAACUAUUUUAUUUUUACCAUCAAUUAUUAUACUCUUCACAAUUUAUUUACCUCCUCUUAUCAGAUUCUUACCGUCUAUAUUUUCUCCCUCCACACAAUGGACCUGAACGAAAUGAGCAGGGAAGAGCUGGCCCAGGAGCUACAUACAAGCAGGAUUAAACUAAUGCAGCAACAAAAAAUGAUUGAUGAAUGCGCAGCUAUUGAAUCUGAUUAUCAUGCUCUGGAAUUGAAAUACGAUGAGUGUGAAAAAAAUCUGCAAAAAUUGGUGCGUGCUAAAGAGAAGGCUGAUGAAGAGAUUGAAACUGUAAGAGAAAUGAUCGAACAAGAACAUAUAUUGAAUGAAAAAUUAACUGAAGAGUUGGAAAAUUCCAAGAAACAAGCGAAUGUUCCACCGUCUCCUUCUCCCGCUGGAUGUAAUUGCGAUUCAUUUAUACUAUCCCUCCAACACAAAGUCAAAGAGAUGGAAGAAGAACUGGACGCAAUGAAGAAUCAUAAUGCGGAACUAAUAAAACAAUAUAGCGAAUUGGAGGGUAAUUACCAAUCUACUGCGCAUCAACUUGAGAACAUGACCUCAUUGUAUGAAUCCAAGAGAGAGGAGCUCCUAAACUCACGGCAGAUGAUAGAGAAUUUAACGGAAGAUAAAGUUCUUUUGGAAGCAGAGCUUAACCAACUCAGAGUGCCUGAUGUUAAUGUGAACCAGCGAGGUAAUUCAUUGUUUGCAGAGGUGGAAGACAAACGACAGAGCACAGCUAAAAAUCUAGAGGUUAUGAAGAUCAAGUACAACAAAUUAAGCCAAAAAUACACUCAAGCUCAUGAAGAGCUCAAGAAAUUAAAGGAAGAAAAUAUUGAGUUGCUGAACGAGGCAAGUAAUGAUAAAGUUCGACGUAUUGAAGCAAAAAUGAUGGAAUCUUACAGAACUAGGAUUAAGGAUUUAGAAAAACAAUUAGCUGUAUACUCUAAACGUCCUGAGUCUCCAGUCAUUCAAACAAUCGAUAUACGUGACUUAGAAGUGGUCUCUGGAAUGCUGGAUCGAGCACGAAGUGACGCAGAGAGCCUCCGAGUAGAACUACUACGCAAAAGUCAGUCGGAACACGAGCAGGGUUUGCAUUGUUAUAUGGCAGAGCGGAAACUGCGAAUGUCUGAAACAUCUAUUAAAGCAAAAGAGAAGGAAAUUGCAAAACUAAAUGCACGCCUGAGUGAACUUGAGGAGACAGCAAAAGAGUACGAAAAGUUAAGAAGAGAAAUUGAAUCGGGUAACAAAGAAAAUGGUGCCCCACAAGAGAGCAAAAAAUCAACUAAAUCCGUUCGCUUCUGUGCAAAUGUUGUCAGUCAAGAAGGAGAAUUGAACAAAGCAAAAUUAGUUAGGCAGCCAAAAGUAUUCAAUCAAAUGAUUAUGGCUCAAAAAGCACCAAAUCAUGUGUUACAGGUCAGUAAUGAAGAAAAGAAUAAAGAUGCUUUGAAGAAAGCUGAAUAAACGUCCAUGAAUCGCUUGGUAUGCAGCUUAAUUUUACUUGGGAUAGCAAUUAAGACCAAAGCAGGGUGUCCAGCAAAUGAUGAAACUGGAAAUCAAGACCAAUCCACCCAGGUCAGUCAUUGCGCAUCUUUUUGAGAUUCACUCCCCCGCCUGGCCCUAUCUCGGCGGCACUCAAUGCUACGUCACAAUGGGUGCUCCCAUUAGAAUACAUUGCAGGCACUCAAUACUACAUCACUGUGUCACACAAAACUCGUCCUUGGGAAUGACUGACCUGUGUAGAUUGGUCCUGCUGGAAAUUACUGGAGACCAAAUUGGUCAGGAAUAAUUAAGGGAUAUGUAAACUGGAAGAGAAGUAAAUUCCUGUAAACAACUACGAUUUUUUGCAAAUCCUCGCAACAUUUCAAUGUGCUGUGUGUGCUCUCCUGGUCUACAAAAAAUUACUAGAAAAAAAAAUUCCUCAUUAUUAUGUACUGUGUAGCACUCUGCACUAUGAUAUGUUUAUUUUUGCGGGUUUUUUUUUUUAAUUUUGGAGAAAAGGUGGAUAUGAAAAAUCUAAGAGCCCAAGAAAACUUAAAAAAUCAGGGAGAAAAAAAAGAACAUUUUGCUGGACAUCCUGACCAAAGUAAAGCGCUGAACCAUCAUUCUUUCCUUCUGUGAUCAGUAUAUAAGCUACAAUGAAUUUUAUAACUGUAGAUUUUAAUUUUAUAUGUUUUUAUUUUAAUAUGUUACAUUGAAUGUGAAAUUUUAAAUUUUUAACGAGUUGCCUUUCUUUUUGUCUCCUGUAAAUUAAAUUAUAUCCAAUCUGUAUUGAAUUGUAAAUGUAUUGUAAUUUAUUGCAAUAAAAUUCAGUAUUUGCAAAAAAGAAAAGACUGAUUAGACCUGA